AUGAGUCGACAUCCUACUGUAUUAUGGGCUCAAAGGUUGGACAAGGUCUUUAUCACUGUUGAGUUACCGGAUGCCAAAGAUGUCAAACUGAAGUUGGAGCCAGAAGGAAAAUUUUCCUUUUCUGCUACUGCUGGAGCUGAUAACACACCGUAUGAAGUUGAACUUGAUCUCUUUGACAAGGUUGACGUUAAUGAGAGCAAAUCUAGCAUCACCUCUAGACAGAUCUGCUACAUUGUGAAGAAGGCUGAGAGUAAAUGGUGGGAUAAACUUCUGAAGCAUGGUGUAAGGACUCCUGUAUUUCUGAAAGUUGAUUGGGAUAAGUGGGUAGAUGAAGAUGAACUGGACAAAAAAGAAGAUAAUUUUGGGUCUGACAUGCAUUUUGGAGGCAUGGACUUCUCAAAUCUAAACAUGGGAGGAGAUGGAGAACUUGAUGAUGUGAUUGAGAAUGUUGACUACGAAGAUGACGGCAAGGAUGAUGAUUUUGAUUUUCAUCUUGAGUAUGCAGGAGAUGAUGGCAGUGACACCGAGGACGAAAAUGAGGUCAACAAAGCAAACCCAGCUGCCAGUAGUGAACUGGACGCAAAACAAUCUGCUAGUGAAACAGAAACAAAAGCUUGA